AUGUCGGCACCUACAGCUCUUCGCCAGCCCGAAGCCCCAGGCUUUCAACCCGAAAAUGUCUCUUAUGACCAUGGCGAUGAAAUCUUGAUUGACGCACACACUUCGACUGAUGCGAUCAACCCCGUCGUCGAACCUACCGAUGAUAAUGAAAUGCGCAUCGACGAGGAAGGUCGUCCUGUCUUCACCCCUGCCAAGGACGUCGCCACUGCGUAUCGCAUCGAGACACGAAAAGUGCCUGUCCCUCCUCAUCGGAUGACACCACUCAAAGCGAACUGGACCAAAAUUUGCCCCCCCAUUGUGGAACACCUAAAGCUGCAAGUGCGCAUGAACAUCAAAAGCCGCGCAGUGGAAUUGAGAACCUCCAAAUUCACCAACGAUGUGGGUGCUCUACAGAAGGGCGCGGACUUCGUGAAGGCCUUUACUCUUGGCUUCGACAUUGACGAUGCGAUUGCGCUCCUCCGACUCGACGAUCUAUACAUUGAAACCUUUGAAAUCAAGGAUGUAAAGACGCUCAACGGAGAGCACCUCGGCCGCGCCAUUGGACGUAUUGCAGGCAAGGAUGGAAAGACCAAAUUUGCUAUCGAAAACGCUAGUCGGACACGAGUGGUACUUGCCGACCAAAAGAUCCACAUAUUGGGUGGAUUCAAGAACAUCCAUAUUGCCCGAGAAGCAAUCGUCAGCUUGAUCUUGGGUAGCCCUCCGGGCAAGGUAUACGGCAAUCUCCGAACUGUUGCCUCACGCAUGAAGGAACGGUUCUGA